UAUUUUUGUUCUUACACUUAUCUUGGAAAGUGAAGUACCCAAGGACAUCGCCCUAUCUUUUCAUUUUACAUUGCAAUAAUGGCACUGUUAGCGAGAGCAACGUCGCUGAUAACGGGAUUGACCUUGAUAAUGUUAUUUCAGGAACUAUACUCGUACACAGUCAGCCCGCAACCAUUUCUUCACUCCAAAACGGAAACAGCAUUAUCAUACACACAUCCCAAUCGAUAUCGAUCUCGGCGACACCUUAUAGAGAAUAAAAUGUUCUCUACUUCCAAUGAAAACGAAGAAACUCCCAACGACGCCGAUGAAGAUGGUGACCACGAAAACGAUUCGUACAUGGUGAACGCUUCCUCAGAGUUUCUUGACGACACCUCUGCGAGUAGCGGGAAUAUGGUCAAAUCGGAAAGUUCACCAGCAAAAACAUUGGACUGGGGUGGAGCGUUAGGAAAACUACGGCAGCGUGUGGAAGAUAUGGAAUCGGGAAAAGCAGGAGAUGCUUCACAAGUUCUUUUUCGACUAAUGUCUUCGGAAUCACCCAACCAAGCGAUUGGCUCCUUCGUUUCUUCGGCCAAUCCUCAGGUCGUUCAAGCCAUGUCUGGCGCCGUCAGUAGCUUGCUAGGUGGUCUUUCCAAUCCUCAAAUGGGAGCGGAUGUACUCGUGAAAGCGUCUGGCGAUAAAAUAGGCUCACUCUGCUUCCAUCUUCAGAUGACUGGGUAUAUGUUUCGAAACGCCGAGUACGUGAUGGCCUUGAAGGAAGUGAUGCACCUGAGAGGAUCGACAUCUCUACAGGAUUACAAAGAUGCUUUUGAUCGCAUAGAUGCAGAUAAUUCCGGAUUUAUCGAAUAUUCCGAGAUCAAGGAACUAUUGGACGACGUCUAUGAAGGUUCGACACCAGCGUAUGAAGUGGAAUCAUUCAUCAAAUUUUUUGAUGAAAAUAACGACGGCAAAGUUUCUUGGGAAGAGUUUGAACGCGGAUUGGGCAGUGCCAUUGCACAACAACAGCAACUGGUAAAGAAGCUUAACUUGCUUGCGCCCGCUGCUCUUGACGACGAUGACGACGCACCCAACCUGGAUCCUGAUGUGACGGGAAUAGUCGAACUUGAGCUUGAAAACGGAAAAAUUGUGGAGGUGGAAGCAAAAGAAUACAUUCAAAGCCUCAAAAAGGAAGCGCAGGCUUUAAAGGACGCUCUGAGAAGAGAAAAGUUUGGCGGGGCACCUCCCAACCCGAGAGCUGGCAAUGGCAGUGACCUCUCUGCAAAUGAACCUGGGGAAGGCUUCGGUGGAAUCACCGGCUAUAUUGCGAGUCGUCAGGGCGAUCUGAAAGCGUUGACGCAAGGAAUUAGUCCCGAGAUUGUGAGCACGAUGAAAAAGCUUGUCGAUUUCGUUCUAGAAGGCGGAGAAAGUGGGCAGACGAAAAACGUCCCGAAGGAAGAAAUCCACAUGGAAAUUCCAGGAUCUGCUCUGCAACAACUAGCGCUCUGGCAAUUGAUUCUAGGAUACCGACUUCGCGAAGCUGAAGCAAAAGGCGACUAUUUGAAGCUUUUGGAGUAA